AUGUCGAUGGUGAGGCGGAGCAACGUCUUCGAUCCCUUCGCGGACCUCUGGGCGGACCCCUUCGACACCUUCCGCUCCAUCGUCCCGGCGAUGAUCUCAGGCAACAACAACAACAACGAGACAGCUGCGUUCGCCAACGCUCGCGUGGACUGGAAGGAGACCCCUGAGGCGCACGUCUUCAAGGCCGACCUCCCCGGCGUGAAGAAGGAGGAGGUCAAGGUGGAGGUGGAGGACGGCAACGUGCUCGUCGUCAGCGGCGAGCGCACGAAGGAGAAGGAGGACAAGAACGACAAGUGGCACCGUGUGGAGCGUAGCAGCGGCAAGUUCGUGAGGCGCUUCCGCCUGCCGGAGGACGCCAAGGUGGAGGAGGUGAAGGCCGGUCUGGAGAACGGUGUGCUCACUGUCACGGUGCCCAAGGCCGAGGUGAAGAAGCCUGAGGUGAAGGCCAUCGAGAUCACCGGCUGA